CGUCCAAUUAUCGAGAGCAGUGGCAAGCUAAGAAGAGAAAAAUGAGUGUCACACCUGCCUUAUGUCGCAGGUAUUUACGUCACGCGUUUUCCAUUGGACGGCUAUUACAUCCAAGCCGAUGCCUGAAACAAAAAAUCAGUCAUCAAGGACGUCGGUACUUCCUUUCAGAGAGUUAUUCUUGUACAGAAGCAUGGCGGAAGCGAUUGCAGGGCCCCAGUUUACAAAAUGUGGAGGAUUACAUGAAUUUCACAGUUGUGUUGCGAGAAAACCUGGAGAAAACAGGGAAUGCAAGUCCCAUUGACAUAGAUAUUAUGUCAAACAGAAUCACAGAUGCUGAACCAAAUCAGUUGGAUUACAUUGCAGAUGUUCUGCACAAGUUUCGUAGAUCUCCAAAUGGUUUAAACAUGCUAGCCUCUUCCACAUAUGCCAUUGUGCGUGGCCUCAUUGACAUGGGACAGACAGAGCAGCUGUUAGACAUCAUACAAAACAAGCAUGAGUAUGGCCUUUUCCCAGACCCAUACUCCACAACCAUUCUCCUGAAUCACUGCAUCAAACAGGGCUCCUACGGGGAGGCAGCUCGAAUGGCAUAUGAGCUGAUGUUACAGGAGGAUUUUAAUCAUGCCCCUAGCCGCCUCCUCUCACUGUAUGCCUGUGUUCAGCACGCCCGUCACUUCCCCACACGCUCCCCUGAGCCCGCACAGGCACCCCUUGAGGAGGAGGAAGAGGAGGACUGGAUCCCAGUGAAGUGGGUGAGAACACCAUAUUACGAUGAUCACUUUGACAUCCAAGACGAACAGUUAUUACUGGGGAAGACCUUAGCUAUGUUAGGCAAGACAGAACCUAAUCUGAUUGGUCAGUCAUGUCAGGUGAUGGGUCUGGGAUUGUAUGAAAAGUUUGCCCUGGGAUUACAGCUGCUGGAGACGUUUGUGUCAGGUGGUGGAUCAGCACUGGUUGCUAAGGAGUCUAUGACAUUGUUUGAAAGUUGUCUGGUGAAUGCUCCCACACGUGAUCCAGAUGCCCCGGAGAAAGAGCUAGGCUUCAGAGCCAUAGCUGAUGAAAUAGAACUAAUGAAGUGUACACCUGAGGAGAAGGAAAGCUACCUGGAUCAGUUUAAGGUGUUGUCGGAGAAGGUUGAAUCGUUAGGUGGAGUAAAGGAGGUAUCGUUGGGAGAUCUGGUCAAGACUAAGGUAGAGGAGGAGAUGGGUGCUCACGAGCAGCGAGACAUGGAGGCUCAGCUGGCACUGUUUGAGGAGUGGAAUGAACAACGUGAAAAAUUGCUGGAUUCUCAAGUCCAGACCAUUCUGAGGGAGGACAAACUGAAAGAGGUCCAGCAAAAACUGAAAGAGUUAAAACAGAAGGAAGAGGUCCUGAAAUAUUUCGAAAAUCAGCCAGAGGUCGAGUUUGCAAUGUGGCGUGCUCCAAAAGAAAAACCACAGCCAAUAAAAGACUCGGAUCUAGAUCCAGAGGAACUACGAGCUCGGCGCAUAAAACGAAGGCAAUUUCGCAAGAACAUAUGAUCCCAAACUUUUGUCUCUGUGAUGACUAUGCUGUAUUGUCUACGCCAUGAUUCUGUAUAGGUAAUUGUUCUGGGUGUAUAGAACUGAGGCAGGUGUAGAAAUAAACCUUGUUGGAUAUGAUGUUACCUGAAUCUU